AUGGAGCUUAGAGCUGUGGUGUUUGGAGGGAAGUUUUCUGGGAAGACUUUACUGAUCAAUGCUGUGUUCAGCAACAAUUUGCCUCAGAAUCAAAAGAGGACUGCUCACUGUCAGAAACAUCAGGGAAAUGUGCUCGGAAGAGAACUGACCCUUGUCGACACUCCAGGCUGGUGGAAGCAUUUUCUACUAAGUGAUACAGCAACCUUUUUAAAACAGGAGCUCAUUCAAGGAGUUUCUCUGGUCAAUCCAGGACCCCAUGCCAUUAUAUUGGCCAUUGAGAUUGACAUUCCAUUCGAAGAGAAGCACAGGAAAGCUGCAGAGGAUCACCUUAAACUUCUUGGUGGCCAGAUCUGGAAAUAUGCUUUUGUUGUGUUCACGAGAAGCCAUUCUCUGAGGGAGAGAACUAUAGAGGAGCACAUUGAACAUGAGGGAAAAGCCCUCCAGUGGCUAAUUGAAAAAUGUGGGAACAGAUAUUGUGAAUUUGACAGUACAGUCCCAAAUAACACUUCUCAAAUCAAACAGAUGCUGGAAAUGAUUGAGAACAUAGUACAAAGAAACAAUAGUUGUUACUUUCAAAUUGAGGCUAAAAUACUGGAGGAGGCUACAGAGUGGAGGGAAACAGUGAAGACCAAAGCAAAAUCCAGGGAGUUAAAACAGCUAGAACAAGGAACCGAGCUUGACAAAGACGAGCUAAGAAUUGCAUUGCUGGGUUGGGUGAUUGCUGGAAAGAGUUCAGCUGGUAACAUCAUUCUGAACAAACAAGUGUUUGUAACUGGUCAAAGUACAGUUAAUUGUUACACUGCACAUGGAGUAGUGGAUGGAAGACCUGUAACUGUGCUCGAUACACCCAGCUGGUUUAAGUACUUUCCUUCUCAGUUCACUCCACCAUGGAUAAUGUCAGAAAUUCUACAGAAUCAGACCCUUACCUCUCCACACUGCAUCCUUCUCGUGAUUCCUGGAGACACUUCAUUCAAGGAGGAACAGAGAAAAGUAAUUGAAGAGAAUAUGAGCUUCCUUGGAGAGCAAGUUUGGAGACACACCAUUGUCCUUUUCACAUGGGGUGAUAUACUUGGAGAUCUGACCAUAGAAGAGCACAUUGAGAGCGAAGGUGAAGCCCUCCAAUGGGUGAUAGAUAAAUGUGAGAACAGAUAUCACGUCUUCAACAAUGAGGAAAGAGAAAACCGUGCUCAGGUUACGGAGCUUUUCCAGAAGAUUGAUGAGAUGAUGACUAGAAACAUUUUUUUCCGGCCAAGUAUCGAGAUGUUUGGUAGGAUUCCAGCACAAGAUGAAGUGAACACACAUUCAGAAGCAAGCAGUGAUGAUAGUGAUUUACAGGACAUUGUGCGAUAUGUUGAUGAGGAAUGGAGGAGAAGAAACAAAAAGCUUCUUGAAAGGGUUACAAAGGUGGAGGAAGACAUGAAGGCAAGACUCCUAAAAAGUGACAAAAGUUUGGAAUUUCCUCCAAAUUUCAGUGGGACAACUUUGAACACUAAACCAGAGGACAGCAUUGAGAAGCAAGAGCCUGAAACAGAACCAGAGUCAUGUAAUCUAAAUGAGAAAAAACGACCCUUACAAAUCAAGGAAAUAAAGGAUAUGUUUGAUCGAGAGUGGAGCAGACGAGAGGAGGCAUUAAUGGGAAGAGUUCUGGAAAUGUUUAGUGAGCUCAGAUGUGAUGCACAUUCAGAGCCAACCGAACAUGACAAAGAAAAAUCAAAACUGAAAGUCACAGACUGGUUACAAAAUCAGUCUCUCGGAUACAAUUCAGCUUCAGGCAGUAAUCAAUCAGACACUUGAGGGUUUGUCACAUGAUUUUUCAGUUUAAUGAGUCACUACUGCAGCUCCAAAAUAAUCAAUUCCGCUGCAAUUUGGGUUUAUGAUGUUUGUUGUUUAGAUUAAAGAAUAUACGGAUGAGCCAUUCAAAAGGAGGUAAGACAUAUCCUAUUAAAAGUUUGAAAAAUGAUUAUAAAACAUUAAAUAAUCAUGUAACAGCAGCAAAAUAGAUUUUUUUUUUUAACUUUUAAUCUUCUUAUGGUAUUUUUUAUAUGUCAAAAGAGUAUCUGGACACCCUUUUGUUGCCUUGCAAAUACUGUAUGGCUUUGUAAUAUGUAGCUGCACACAAACCAAAUAGCAUGUGGCAUCAUUGGGCUAUGGAGCAGUUGAACCUUGUAUGGAGUGAUGAUGGAUUUUUAUCUGCUUCCUUUUGGAAUUAAGAGAAGGGAAGCUUGUGAUUCAGAACCACACGUAUAAAGUUCUAGAGACCUAUAAUUGAGUAAAAGUACUAUAUAAGUGACUAAAGUACUAAAGUAUUCAACAUUUCAGGGAUUUUACUACUCAAAAUGACUACUCAAGUACUGAAAGUUAAAGUACAGUAUUGUGUUAUGUAGUUAUUGCAGAAAGCAGAGCUAAAUGCAUAAUUUGAACAGUAUGGUCUUCUUAUAAGACUAGCUUGGUCUCAUGUGGCUGAAUGCAGUUAAAUAUCUACAGCACUUAUCCAGUGUAUAGUGUAAAGCCAGUAUUCAUUCUGAUUGUCUAAUUCAUUGUCUAAAUUUCAUAUUAUACUACACACUCAACUGUUGAAUGGAGUACCAUAUUUUUUUUAUAAAAUGAGUGUUUUGUA